AUGGCUCGUCAAACCUCAAAAAGACGGAGAUUGAGUCCUCCUGCCGAUGGAGGUGACUCUGAAUUGUACACCAACGACGGCGAGUGGGACGUUGAGCAGGAGUACGAGCGCCGCCCGCGCAAAACGACCAAAAAAGAGGAGCGCACCCGAUUGCCCAUCAAAACCUCGGAGGGAUUCGUCCAGACGAAAGAUGAAGUAGAAGAAGCGGCGGAGGAUACCGACAGCUUUUUGGGAACCGACGAUGACGAGGAGGAUGGAUCCGACGAGGAGCCCGAGGAGGAAGAGGUUAAACCCAAGAUCCCCAUCAAGGUGCAGAUCAUGCAAGCGAAGGAAGACCUGGCCCGGAUCGCUACCCAGAUCAACGAAGACCCCGAAGAAAACGUCGCUCUGUUCAAGACCAUGGCCGAUAUCGCAGACAACCCGGACUCGUGUCUUACCGUGAAGAAGCUGGCAUUGGCAGCCCAGGCUGCGGUCUACAAGGAUAUUAUUCCGGGAUACCGUAUUCGCCCUCUCAGUGAAGAAGAUAAGGCCGCAAAGGUGUCGAAGGAUGUGCGCAAGCUCCGUGAUUUCGAGCAGGGUCUUGUAUCUGGAUACAAGAACUACGUGAACAGAUUGGCUCUGCUGGCCAAACCUGGUCGGAACACUAGCGAGAAAGAUGCCAGUCUGAAGAGCAUGGCAAUUAACUGUGCAUGCACGUUGCUCCAGGCUGUGCCUCAUUUCAACAUGCGGAACGAUUUGAUCAAGAUCAUUAUCAACCGACUUGCACGACGACUUGUGGAUCCCGACAUGGCUAAAUGCCGUGAGACCGUCGAGGAUGUGUUUGCCAAGGAUAUUGACGGCGUUGUUUCCCUUGAGAUCGUCCGCUUGCUUUCGAAGAUGAUGAAGGCUCGAGACUUCCGCAUCCACGAAAGUGUUCUGGAUACUUUCCUCCACCUACGUCUACUGGGUGAAUUUACUUUUAAGGCAUCUCAAGAUAGCAUUGACCGCGAAGAAGAGCAGGAGCCGGUUCGGAAGAAGAAGCAAAAGCCAACACGUGUGUUCCGUACGAAACGCGAGCGCAAGGUCAUGAAAGAGCGCAAGGUGGUUGAGAAGGAUAUGAAACAAGCAGAUGCACUUGUUUCGCACGAGGAGCGCGACAAGAAUCAAGCCGAGACGUUGAAGCUUGUAUUCGGUAACUACUUCCGCAUCUUGAAGCAACGAAUUCCCCACUUGAUGGGUCCCGUUCUAGAGGGUCUGGCCAAGUACGCUCGUCUCAUCAACCAGGACUUUUUCGGAGAUCUUUUGGAAGCCCUGAAGGAUCUCAUCGGCCACGCCGAACGUGAGGAGCAAGGAGAAGUGGACGAAGAGGAGGAAGAUGAUGAAAACAUCGCUGCUGCCGUCUCCGAAGCCGAGAGUCGUGAUUCACGCCGCGAGACCCUCUUGUGCACAGUCACAGCCUUUGCUCUUCUUGAUGGUCAAGAUACCAGCAAGGCUGCCACAGCUCUUCAUUUGGAUCUCGGCUUCUUCAUGAAGCACCUCUACCGCUCCCUCUAUGCCUUAUCCCUCAACCCAGAAGUCGAAUACAACCCCAAUACAUCCCUGCGUCUCCCAGAUCCGAAUUCCCCUGAGGAGUCCUCCAGAAUCCGCUCCCAGAACAAGGUCAACUUCCAGACUCCAAUGGUCUUACUUCUACGCUGUCUCCAAUCGACCCUUCUAUCUAGGGCACACGGAAACCCGCCACCAGUCCGACUUGCCAGUUUCUCAAAGCGUCUUAUGACGUCCUCACUCCAACUCCCUGAGAAGUCUGCUCUCGCGACACUGUCGCUUUUGCAACAGGUCUCUAGGCACCACGGACGUCGCAUUGCACCGCUGUGGCACACUGAUGAGCGCAAGGGUGAUGGUGUCUUCAACCCAUACUCCACUGAUAUUGAGGGUACAAAUGUGUUUGCCGGAUCGGUUUAUGAGGGCGAGUUGUUGCGCCACCACUACUGCCCGCAAGUCCGUGAUGCAACCAUUGAUAUCGAGAAGAUGUUGCUUUCUGCUAAAUAG